AUGGUGCGCCGAAGCACAGGUUUUGUGAGUAAGAAGCCGCAUCGUAAGUCGAGGGGUGGAUGUACGACCUGUAAAAGGAAGAAAGUCAAGUGCGAUGAAGCGCAACCUGUCUGUCGUUACUGCAGUGUGAGAAAUCUGGAGUGCAAAUACACACAAGACUUUCAAUCGACAUCCAAGACAUCGUCUUCGGGGCCAUCGCCUGGUCACGAGAUUCUACCACCAACCUACAACACUAGAGUAGACUUUAACGAUACUUCUUUCCAGUUGGCGCCAUGGCUCAUUCCACCCUCCCAUACAUCUAUAGGCGCCUUCACAUCCCUCGACCACCAGCUACUGCAAUACUACAAAGCAGACGUCUGGCGCGAACUUGUAGUGCGUGAUGACUCUGUCUUGAAGGCCCUACACAAAGAUAUCAUCCCCCAGCUAGGCAUCUCUCAUCCUUUCCUCCUAUACGCCUUGCUCAGCAUCGCCGCAAACCACAGCAACACUUUGAUUCCAAAUAAAACCGUCGAAAGGCAAGCACUACUAUACCGCCAAAUGACCUUCUCCUCUUACAAAGAAGCGCUCAAAGACAUCACCGCGGAGAACUACGAAGCAAUCCUCGUCACAGGAGGUCUCCUCCUCGCCCUCGUCCCGCCACCGUCAACAGACAACGAUGAAGAGCAUCUAGAAUGGAUGCUAGCACUGUUGAAACUAAGUGAAGGGCUACGCAUCCUUGCCUCCCUCCGGUGGGCACGAGGUAUCGAGAAACUUUCCGUUUACCCCUUGGUAAGACGAGAAUUACGCAUUCUGCCAUCACCACCCAUUAUUGAUGUCGAGGGCGUGGAUGCGCCUAUCGGGCGUUUAGGAACAACCCCCGACAAUCCAAAUCCAGCACCGACAUACACGCCCACUCUGUUCCCCAUGCAAACGCGCCUGUUCCUUCCACCACCUUUAAUGCAGCUCCUUGGCAGUGUUGUCCACGGGAAGGACUCAGGAUCGUUCGAUUGGCAUAGACCAACGUUGCUUCCAGUCUUCCAUGCUCUAUCUCCUAUCUUCCUGUCGCUGUAUUACUACCACCUGAACCCCGAUUUCUACGUCCGUGUCAUUUGUUUCACGUCGUUUCUCAUGCCAGAAUUUCUCCAGUUAGUGCGCCAAAGGGAACCUCGCGCCUUGGUGCUGGUGGCGUGGUGGUUUGCGUUAGCGGGCUUGGUGCCGAAGGGGUGGUGGGUUGAACGAGUACGAAACGUUGUUGGGAGUCUUGGGCGGGCGAUUAGAGCACAGUCGUCAGGGGAUGACGGGUUUGUGGAAGGGGUCUUUGGGGGUGCGCAGAGGAUUGUUGAUGUGUUCGAGAGUGAGGGGAAGGAGGCGGCAGCGAGAAGUGUGUUUGAGGCUUGGGCUGGGGUUAGUUGGGAGGAAGGACCUGGGAGAGCUCAAGAGUGGGAGUUUGGGCUGUUGAUGGACUUGGGUGAUUUUGAUCUUCGUGUAGAUUUGGAUACCAUAGGCCUUGACGUACAGGAGCUCAGCACAUCAGUUUGA